UGUGUAAGGUUGACCAGAUGACCAAUGAAUUAAAGCUGUUUCUUUCUAUUCCUGGAAAUGUAUGUUGACAUUAAAUACACUAGUUUUGUAUUUGAUUUAAUAUUUACAGAUUUAAAGAGGAGAUUAUGAAAAGAACAAAUGUUGAAAGAGAUCUAAAGGAAAAGAAGAAAAUAGCUAUGGGGCUUGAGAAAAAAGAAAAUGAUAAUUAUACUGAGAAUCAGCAGCUAAAAGCUAAUCUAAAAGAAUUAGAUAGUGUAUAUAGGACCCUUGCAAAGGAAAAGAAACAGGUUGAACAAUAUGCAAAGAACAUGGAAGGUUAUUUGAAAGACGAGAAGAGGAAAUCUGAUGAUGAGUACAAAAAACUUUUAGCUGAACGAGAUGAUUUAAGAGACCGGUUAAGUAAGCUAGCUGGUAAGAAAUUACAGGAGCAGAAUGCUGAUAUACCAGACCUCAGUGAUCCAUACAGAGCAAUGAAACUGUCAGAGAAGUUUGGCCAGAUAUAUGAUGAUGAAUGGACUAAUGCCUUUGAAAGUUUGACUUAUAAGAAGCCAGGCUUACCAUUAAAAGAGGCCAUACAUGUUCUAAUACGCCUUCUUCAAGAAUGUUGGAUGUUUUGCAAUAACCUGAUGACAACACAAAUGGACAGUUUACAAAAUGUGUUUCUACAUCCUUCUCAGAACUUGGCUAAUUUUGACCAAAAGAAAACUGGACUGACUGAAAGGCCCAGAGUUACAUCAAAGGACCAGCUAUCACUUAAAGAUUUACGUAAUCGGGUUGGAGUAUCACCAUCUGUCAUAGAGGAGGUUAAACAGGCAUUGCUUGCAGACUCUAAAACAUGGGAUAAAAGGGAGAAAAAAGAAUUCGAUAAAAAGCAUAUAGAAGCGUGUACACCUUAUAUACAGAAAUGUGCUGAGAUUUGCUGGCUUAUGGCUCUGCAUGACCCUCCUUUGGUGAUGAAAAUGGAGGUCAAACCAGGCGAGAAGUUUGAUACAAAUAUCUAUACAGUGUACAGUCAGUCUGGACAAACAAUUGAUUUUUUGGUAUGGCCACCACUUUAUAAUGGUAAAGAUGGUGGACUUCUGUCAAAAGGUGUAGCUGAACCAGUAAAAGUUGUAAACAAGAAGAAAUGAAUAACUUUUGACUUGUAUUUAGCUUAUGUAGUUUAUGUAUGUUCUGAAUGAUAAAGGAAAGAGUAUAUCGAAAUGAUAUCCUAAUAUAAUUUUUUUUUUGCAGUUUUGCUGAAUUUU